AUGGAACAUAAUUACAUGAACCAAGCUACAAAUUUGCGAUCAGGAACAUACUUUAUCCAAAGGACCAUGGCAAACAUCACCUCCCAAGCCGCUCUGCCUUCCCCUCCAUUCUACGCGAUAGACGGAGUUUACAAUCUCCGAGAUAUCGGUGGCUACGCCGUCUCCCCCACCACAUCAGUGAGGCGCAACUUCAUCUAUCGCUCAGCGCAUCUAGCGGGGAUAACGCCCGCAGGCUGCAAGGCUAUCGUCGACAAGCUGGGGAUAACAUACAUCUAUGACUUCCGCUCCGACCUCGAGAUAGCCAGGUAUCCGCUCGUAGACAUACCGGGUACCACGCGCCGUUAUGUCCCUGUGUUCAGAAACCAGGAUGCAAGCCCCGCGAGCCUGGCGCUACGAUAUAAAGACUACUCCGCCGCAGACGGAGCAGAAGGGUUCAUCAGGGCAUAUAAAGAAAUCCUACGAACUGGAGCAGAGUCAGCGUACAAGAUUGUUUUUGAACAUAUUCGAGACCAGCCUACGGAGCCGUUGUUGUUCCAUUGUACGGCUGGCAAGGAUAGGACAGGGGUAUUUGCAGCUCUGCUCUUGCGUCUUGCUGGUGUGACGGAUGACAAGGUUAUCGGGGAAGAAUACGCGCUUACUGAAGUUGGGCUGGGAGAACUUCGAGGGGAGUUUAUAAAGAAGCUGAUGGAUCAUCCAGCCGUUUCGGGCGAUCGAGACGGGGCGGUGAGGAUGACGGGUGCUAAAGCUGCUGCUAUUACCGGGACGUUGAAAUAUUUGGAUAGCGAAUAUGGAGGCGUGGAGGGAUAUAUGAAGCAGGCCAUUGGAUUUAGCGAUGAGGAUAUAAAGAAGAUCAAGGAGAAUAUUGUUGCUGAAGAGAAGGCAAUCCUUUAA